CUUCUCAAAGAAUGGCUUGGCGUCACAUUUUCUCGCUCGCACGCUAUCGGUGCGCGGUGAAAAAGCUACCACCGCGGACGAAACUAAGAGUAGCCACUUUUCGUUUUUGCUCUUUGCUUCUUCGUUUUCACACUUCCAAAAGAUGAAUGUAAACAUCAAAACACUGCAAUGAAUCCUGAACACAUCACUGGAACAGUAGCUGCUGAGGUUAUUGGGAAUAAUGCGAAUUGUAGCGGUUCGGUUUGCAUGAUGUCCCUUUCUAAUCACCACGAGAAAACCACUGGCAUCGACGAUUCUUCUUCCUGUUAUCUCGGCAAUUCUAAAAAUCGUGCGAACGAGGAUCACCGCGCAGUGAUAACAGAAGUGAAAGAGAAUGACGACAAAGAAGGACAGUAUCCCCCAAAAACAAAAGGAAUGAAGAAGCACCGCGUUUCCGGAACAGAUGCCAUGAUGGAGAAAACAAACAAAGUGGCCUCGUCCCUGAAGGAUGCCAUGGAGGAACUCGAUCGCAUCUGGGACGUGGACGACGACGACAAUUCAUGUGCCUCGUCGUUGUCGUCUUUCGACGAAGACCACGAGAAACAAAUGCAAAACGUAGAGUCUUUGCCGUCGUCUCCAUCGCGAAACCGCGUCCGGCAAACUGCUGCACUGCUGGUCCGGGUCUUUUCCAACGAGCUGUACGAUCCGGCCGUUCAGGCUCUCGCGGAGCACGAGGAACUCAGGUCCGAGGCGAUUAAUCUCACGCACCAGCUUGAAAUCAGUCAGAGGGAGGUCAAGCGCCUCAAAGGCUCCGAGUUGCGGUCGAAAGAAUCCAUCCAGGUAAGUAUAGUUAGCGAUGUCGUUUUAAUUCGAUUCGCUUCACAGAGUAUCAUCUCGCAGCGAUUCUUCGUCUUUUCUCAUAGUAAUUACUUAUUCAUUUUAAUCGACACAAAACAAACAAUAACGAAUGUUCACAGAAUCUUCUCAAGGCCGUCGACCGAUCUACUGAAGAGGCAAAGGAUUCUUCGCAGGCCAAGCUGGUUGAAGCAAAACUACGAGCCGACCUGUUGCAGACCCGCAAGGAACGGGAUGAUUUACACCACGAGUCCAUGGUGUCAAAGCGAUCGCUCGAGCUAGUGACAAACGAAGCAAAUUCUCUCAAACAGGAGAAGAGCCGACUCCAGAAAGAAAAUAUUCGUCUCGAACGGGAGGCCCGUUCAGCACGAGUGCUAGCGGAAUCUCUUUCGAGGAGCAAGAAUGCAAACCUCAAUAACGGUAACGACGAACACAAUGCUGAAUUCUAUAAACGGAAGACCCGUGAUCUCGAAACCCACCUCCAGGGAAUGACUGCCCGUCUCGCGGAAAAGAACCAGGAGCUUAUGGAAUUGCGCCAUUGUCGGGAUCGGAAUCUCUCUCAGAACCGAUUGGAGGCCCUUCGAGCUGGGAAAAAGAUUUCCAACAAAAAGAUUCGCGUUUCGAAUGCGAGAUGAGCGAAACCAAAAAUAUUUUUGAUUUUGGAUGUGAGAUGAGCUGUACUGUACUACUGUAAACACAAUCCCAGAAGGGGUGGGUGAAAAAAAAAUCCGGGGAAAUAGCACACCAACUAUUGCAUCUAGAUCCAAUCGGGGUACAGCUCGUACCUGAUAAAAUAUUAGAAACUCG